AUGCCAUUGCGGUCGCGGAGCCGAGCCCUAGGCACCAACUCCAACUCCCCUCACACGCAACUGCCUCUCUCUUUCCCCCUUCUCCUCGUCGUCGUCCUCUCCCGACGCCCCCGCAAUCCCCAAUCCGUCCUCGUUCUCCUCCGCGGUUUGAUCGGAAAGGUUCGUCUGUAGUAGGGUUUGCGCCGGAUAGAGAAGGGGAAAGGUGAAGCGUGGAGGCGGGUGAAGGGACCCAUGGCGAGCGACGUGCCCAUGACCCCGGAGCUCGAGCAGAUCGACGGAGAGAUCCAGGACAUCUUCCGCGCACUCCAAAAUGGGUUCCAAAAGAUGGACAAGAUUAAAGAUUCUAAUAGGCAAGCUAAACAAUUGGAGGAUCUUACAGGGAAAAUGAAGGAGUGCAAGCGCUUGAUCAAAGAGUUUGAUCGUAUUCUGAAAGACGAGGAGUCAAAGAACCCUCCUGAAGUCAACAAGCAGCUAAAUGACAGAAAACAGUAUAUGAUCAAAGAGUUGAACUCCUAUGUCACCUUGAGGAAGACAUACCAAAGUAGCCUUGGUAACAACAAGCGGGUUGAACUCUUUGAUAUGGGUGCUACAAGUAGUGAGCCUGCCGCAGAUGACAAUAUUCAAAUGGCAUCAGCUAUGACGAAUCAACAACUCAUUGAUUCUGGAAGAAACCAAAUGGAUCAAACAGAUGAAGCUAUUGCACGUUCAAAAAUGGUUGUUGCGCAAACUGUCGAAGUUGGAUCUCAAACUGCUACAACAUUAACACAGCAGACGGAACAAAUGAAGAGAAUUGGCAAUGAGCUCGAUUCGGUUCACUUUUCAUUGAAGAAAGCUAGCCAGCUUGUGAAAGAGAUUGGCCGGCAGGUAGCAACAGACAAAUGCAUCAUGGGGUUGCUUGCUCUGAUAGUUUUUGGCGUUAUUGCAAUUAUCAUUGUUAAGAUCGUCAACCCGCAUAACAAGAACAUCCCAGAUAUCCCAGGAAUGGCUCCACCUGCUCAAAAUUUUCAGACUAACAGGAGAUUGUUGUCAGCAAAAGCUUUCAGAAGUCUUUGAUGAUUGCAUGCGGUGGUUUCAUGCUGCAGUCCUUUUGUAACAAAGCUGCUGGCAGUGCGCCAUGAGAUACGUUGUAACAAUUCUUCUGCUCAUGUAUAUUAUUUUCUGUUGUGUGUA